GGAAUAAAUUCCCUGGCCGAGUAGUUGGCAGCCAGGGAAUUUAUUCCCUGACCGAGUGGUUGUAGACCGCGGAAAAUUUCCGCGGUCUACACCACUAUAUAAGGGGGAAAUCAUUCCCCCUUAUUCACUCACACACUAUUAAAAAAAAGUUAUGAGAAUAAAAUGUAGAGAGAGGUUAGAGAGAGGUUAGAGAGAUAAAUUUUGAAGCUUUUUCGGGAUAUUAAUUUAUUGUGAAGAAAAUUUUACGGAGUCUAUUUUCGGAAAGGGAUAUUAUUUUUCGUGGCGGAUAUUAUUUUUUGCACGGAAUAUUAUUUUUUGGCGGAGAAUAUUAAUUUUUGGCGGAAUUAUCGGCCAUGGCAGCUGCUCACGAUCACAUGCAGCCGGGUCCUGAAAGACCGGCGCUACUUUUUUUACAGCAUGACCAUAUCUCUCAGGAUGUCUGGGAUGGCACGGGAUCUGACGAGGGAUUUCUGUCUCGCACUAGCUGUACGACUAGAAGGAGCGCUGUUUUGCCGUUCGCUAGUUUGGACCACCGUAUUCGGUCGAUGAUCGAGCCUACUGGAUUUGCAGGCUGUUUUGCUAUGCGUCACUACAGCGUCGACAUGCAGCUGAUCACAGCCCUUGUGGAGAGGUGGAGGCCGGAGACCCACACUUUUCACUUACCCGGCGGAGAGUGCACGGUUACACUACAGGACGUGGCCAUUCAGACCGGACUACCAGUAGACGGUCAUGCUGUUACAGGAGGUAUUGUACAUGAUUGGGCUGCAGUGGCAGAGAGGGUUUUGGGGAUUCCUGCGGGCAGAUAUCCUGUUAAGCCUGCAAAUUCCACCGUCCGGACUUCUUGGAUCCUAGAGAGUUUCCCCAACUUCAGUGCGUUACCAGACCAGGCGACUGACGAGCUUGUCCAUCAGUACACACGGGCGUAUCUCUUGCUCGCUGUCACAGGAUUGUGCUUCACUGACCUCGGUAGUGGAAAGACUUCGUUACGGAUUCUUCCACUUUUAGAGGACUUGGCGGCAGUUCGGACCUACAGCUGGGGAUCAGCGACACUGGCUUACUUAUAUCACGAGCUUUGCUCAUGUUCGUUGCGGUCUGCGAAUCGCCGCAACAUGGGCGGGCCGUUGUGGAUACUGCAGCUGUGGGCAUUGGACCGACUUAGAGUUAUUGCUCCCGCUCUUGCCGAUCCCACUAUUUCACCACAUCUACCACUCGGCGACAGAUGGGGAGGCCGGAGAAACGCCAGCCGUGCGGCUCGACACUCGCUGCCUGACAUCCGUGUUCGGCUUGACACAUCUCGCUACGAAGAUUUUAUUUGGCAGCCGUACACUGAUGAUAUGUUGGACACUAUCCCAGCGUAUUGUUUAGAUGGGCGCGCUUUUUGGCGGGCCACGGUUCCACUUAUUUAUUUUCAUAUUGUGGAGUGGCACCAGGCAGACAGAGUUCUGCAGCAGUUCGGACUGCAACAGGGUAUUCCAGACGCCCCACUUCAGGACCACUCACUACACUCCCUUACCCUGAAGAGCAGCUCAUCUUGGAUCCAGACACACUCUCACUACAUUCGUGUGUGGGACGACCGGCUCCGGUUUGUAAUUUCAGGACAGCCCCUCCAGGACCCACCUCAUUAUCAUUCCGAGUAUAUGGAUUGGUUUCGGUAUGUCACGCGUCGCUGGAUCACACGACAGGGCGCUGAGCUCGGAGCACAGGCCGAUUUUGUGGAGCGUGUACGUAGGGAUGCUCCUGUUGACACUGAGCUUCGGCGGUUCGCAGCCAGCACACAGAGAGGCACUAGAGAGGACCGCCGUGAUGUUACAUCGCCCCCUAUCGAGCCUUCUAUACCGCCGCAUCGACUACCAGUCAUACCUGACGCGCCGAUAGAUCCGACUACACUGCGACAUCGACGGCGACAGCGGCGUCACCCCCCUGCACCACCUCAGCGUCCGACUGAUCCUAUGCCUCCCCCAGUGGUUUUUCAUCCUUUCAGAGGGCAUUACUAUUACGCGGGGUCCAGCUCUGCACCGCCACCCUUUUCAUCGGGUCCUCCUUCUUCUUCUGGCCAGUUUUACGGGGAUUCGGCACAUCACUAUUUUCAGGGGUCGUGUUCAUAUCCAGUGCCACCAGGACCUUCUUCGCCUUUUGUUCCUCCGCCGCCUGCUUAUGUACCACCUACGGUGCCUCCUUUUCAGGUGCAGUGGGAUCAGCCUACACAGGGUACACAGGACUUUUCAGCUUCACAGGGACUUCCACAGACACCUGGGACUACAGAUUUUCUGUCAUAUGGUAGCAGUUGGUUGGGUCUAGACAGCAUGGAGGCGAUGAUGUUCCGCCAACAAGGAGAAUUUGUUACCCCGCCACCAGCAACGACGAGUACGGCCAUUCCCCAGGACCAGCAGGGUGACAACGGAGCCGACGACGAGGACGCCGAUGCAGGAGAGGGUGAUGGUGAUGGUCGCCCAGGUCGACGUUACCUCACCAUCAGUACAGGCCGUCGGGCGAACCGUAACAGAAACAACUUGCGCUCGAACCUCCCGGUCACUAGUAGAUAUGACGAUAGGACUCCUAGAUGAUUUCUUUUUUGUACUUUGUACAUUAUUAUCUGAUGUGGUAAUCUUUUUUAAUUUGUAAUUUUUAUUUUAUUAAAUAUGUUAUUGUUAUUAAGUAUAAAUUAUAUUUGAAUAUUUGUUAAUAUAAUUAUUUUGUAGUAUUUUAUAAAUUUAUUUUUGUAGAA